CCGCUCUUCAUCGCCUUUACAAGGAACAAUGCCAUGAUGCGGCAGACAGUGCUUGGGUAUAUUGCCAGCGGGUGGCCGAGAGAAGACAUUGUCAUCAUUGACAACAGUGGCACUGCCGACGCCAACAACCUGAAACUCUUGUCGGACUCGAACCCCUUUUCCCUCGACUACGACUUGUUUCGUUACCGAUACGGCGUGUCGAUUCUGCAGACGUCUGUCCUUCUCAACUUUGCUCAGUUGCAAAACUUCAUGUUGAGAGUGGCAAUGGCGCGUCACUGGCCGUAUUAUUUCUGGAGCCACAUGGACGUUGGCAUCCUGAGCCACGAAGAAGAGACGCCCUACACAUCAUUCUACGAGCGCGUUCUAAACAUUCUCAGCGAAGCAGAGGCAUCCAGAUUAUCCGGCAAGGGCAAAUGGGGCGUCAAAUUCUUCAACUUUGACUACCUCACGCUGGUCAAUGUGGAUGCAUGGCGCCACGCUGGAGGCUGGGACGUGUUUAUCCCCUACUACACCACCGACUGCGACGCGUACGGACGCCUGAGAAUGCUAGGAUACGACAUUGAUCGCGUGGGCGCAGGUCACAUAUGGGAUGUCGCCGACAUGGUCGAAGAUCCCGAAAUCAGGUUCUUCCCUCCCAGCUCCCAGCCGAGAUCUGACAAGGACGGCGAGUCACCCAACAAUGCCACCUCUGAAGACGACAACGCGCCGAAUUCGGAACGAUUCAAAGCCCUGAGACAAGAGCUGCAGAAGUUUCAAGACGACAAAAUAGCCAACACGAAAGGCCGAAACACAUGGCAGAAUAUGCAAAAGGGAGGCAAGGGAGAGCCGUGGACAUAUGAUCCCGCGGGCUUCCAAGUUGCUUGGUGGGAGACGGCAGAUAGUGGAAAGAGGCUCUUUGAGCACAAAUGGGGCGGAGAAGGCUGUGAUGUAUUCGAUCUCAAGAAGACCUUGGACGAUAUUUGGAGA